AUGGGUCGAGCGAAGCUGCCCAUACGACUCAUCAACCCCGAGCGAUCUCGCCACGCCACCUUCACCAAGCGGAAAAGGGGCCUCAAGAAGAAGAUAUUCGAGUUUGCCACCCUCUGCGACGUCGAUGCGUGCAUGAUCAUCUACGGCUCGGCCGCCGGGUCCGCCCCCGAGACGUGGCCGGAGGAUCCGACGGAGGUGCGACGGAUCAUCGAGCGGUUCGGGAAGGCGCCGGCGGAGGAGCGCGACAAGCGACGGGUGGACGUCUCGGCUUUCCUCACCACGAAGAACAAGAAGCUGCAGGCGGAGCUGGAGAGGAAGAGGGAGGAGAACGCGGAGCUUGCGUCGCUGCUGCUGUGGAACCGCACGAGCUUGGACGCCAUGGACCUCGACACCGUUCUAGGGAUCGAACGGAGAUUGCAUGCAAAGAUCACGGCAGUCCAUGAGAGGAUCGAAAGCCUGAGGAGAAAUGUUGUGAAGCGGGAAGAUGAAUGCAGCCAAUUGGAAAUGCCGAUCAAGGGCGAGUUUUCUCAACAUCAUCAUCAUCAUCAUCGGUUGGAGUACGUGCCCCCGCUACACUACGGCAUCCCUCCUUCCUUCAUUGUUCCUCCUCUGCAACUGCAAGCUCAACCCCUGGCCCUGCCACAAGGAGGAAAUGCUUGUUACCAUCCUGUUGCAUCCAGCGGUCAAGGCAUGAGUCUGGUGGAUCCGCUUCCUUUCGGCCCUGCACCGGAUUACUGCAAGAGUAUAAUGGAUCCAAUUCUUUUCGGUCAUGAGCCCGAUUACUGCAGCUAUUUGGACCCGAUACCUAGCUUUUUGCCAGGGACGUACGACGGUAUGCCCGUUUCUUUUUCUGCGAUGGAAGAUCUGGAUCCCCUAACGGGCCCACUAAGCAACUCGGACCCGAUCCAGGGGUUUGAAGACUAG